AUGGCCUCCGAGGAUGACUUCCAUCACAGUUCGAACUCCACCUACAGAACGGCAAGCAGCUCCCUCCGCACAGACCAGGAAGCACUGCUAGAGAAACUGCUCGACCGCCCCCCGCCCGGUCUGCAGAGGCCCGAGGACCGCUUCCAUGGGGCCUACAUCAUCUUCUUCAGCUUGGGCAUCGGCGGCCUCCUGCCGUGGAACUUCUUCAUCACUGCCAAGGAGUACUGGAUAUUCAAGCUCCGCAACUGCUCCAGCCCAGCCUUGGGGGAGGAACCUGCGGGUUCGGACAUCCUGAACUACUUUGAGAGCUACCUGACCGUUGCCUCCACCGUCUCCAGUGUGCUGUGCCUCAUGGCGAACUUCCUGCUCGUCAACAGGGUUCCGAUUCGAGUCCGUGUGCUAGCCUCGCUGACUGUCAUGCUGGCCAUCUUCUUGGUGAUGACUGCACUAGUGAAGGUGGACACCUCCUCCUGGAGCUAUGGCUUCUUUGCUGUCACCAUCAUCUGCAUGGCGAUUCUCAGCGGGACCUCCACCAUCUUCAACAGCAGCGUCUUCGGCAUGACAGGUUCCUUCCCCAUGAGGAAUUCCCAGGCACUGAUAUCAGGAGGAGCCAUGGGGGGCACCAUCAGUGCCGUGGCCUUGCUGGUGGACCUGGCGGCGUCCAGCGAUGUCACGGACAGCACCCUGGCCUUCUUCCUGACAGCAGACGUCUUCCUCGGGCUCUGCGUCGGGCUCUACCUGCUGCUGCCGCGGCUGGAGUACGCCAGGUUCUACCUGAGACCUGUUUGGCCAGCCCCUGUGUUUUCUGGGGAAGAGCAGCCAAGCCAGGACUCCCCCAGCGCCCCCUUGGCAGCCCUCAGAUCCCGCGACUCCUCUAUACCACCCCUCCGCCCCAUCCUGAAGAAGACCGCCGGCCUGGGCUUCUGUGUCGUCUACCUCUUCUUCAUCACCAGCCUCGUCUUCCCCGCCGUCUCCACCAACAUUGAGUCCCUCGACAAGGGCUCGGGCUCGCCAUGGACCACCAGGUUCUUCGUCCCCCUCACCACCUUCCUCCUGUAUAACUUCGCCGACCUGUGUGGCCGGCAGGUCACAGCCUGGAUUCAGGUGCCGGGGCCCAGGAGCAAGAUGCUCCCCGGGCUGGUGCUCCUCCGGACCUGCCUCCUCCCCCUCUUCAUGUUCUGCAACUAUCAGCCCCGCGUCCACCUGCACACGGUGCUCUUCCGGUCCGACCUCUACCCGGUGCUCUUCACCUCCCUGCUCGGCCUCAGCAAUGGCUACCUCAGCACGCUGGCGCUCAUGUACGGGCCGAAGAUCGUGCCCCGCGAGCUGGCUGAGGCCACGGGGGUGGUGAUGUCCUUCUAUUUGUGCUUGGGCUUGGUCCUGGGCUCGGCCUGCUCCACCCUGCUCGUGCACCUCAUCUAGAAGAGGCGUGAUGGCAGGAACCUCGGAGCCCUGCGACAGACACUUAGGAGCCCCAGUGGGUGGGGAGCGAGUGUCGGGAGGGCUGGGUCAGCGUGCAGAAGAGAGCGGCAGCUGGGCCCGGUGCAGAGCCGAGCACGCCCGGGCCUCCCGUCUCCCCGGGGAGCUGGCAGCCGUGCCAGGCACACAUUCCAGACACUUUCAAGAGCUCUCCUGAGACCUCUGAAGGAGACCAAAAGACAUGCGAGUGGGGCCCCGUGACCACAGUUACCCAGAGGACAGUGGACAUGCCCAUCACCUUUCUGGUUACAUUCCGCCUCGUUUUACAGCCUCUUAUGAACUUUGUCGCCAGUGUUGACUCCAAACUGUUACAAGGCCAGUGCCAAAACCCGACCACAGGCCCUUCGCCUCUCCCUGUCUUGCUCCCUCCUGGGGACAGCAGGACGUAGCAAUUCCCAGCCCUCCCUCUCCAGGGGGUUCCCCUAGAAUAGAAAUCUCCUGGAGGGACACCUAGCGGCUCAGUGGGUUAAGUGUCGGACUCUUGAUUUUCAGCUCAGGUCUUGAUCUCAGGGUCCUCUAGUGAGUUUGGGCCCCGCGCUGGGCUCCAUACUGGGCACGUGGAGCCUACUUAAAAAAAAAAAAAAGUCCACUGGAAUAGCCAGUUCUCAGGCCCAAGACCCAAGGCUGUGCAGACCCCUGCUUUCUGUGGGCGAGAGAGUACCCGCCCACUGGACAGGGGACCCCAGAAAGACAGGCCUUCUAGGAAUCCUCCAUUCCCUAAACUUGGACUCUAGAAGGCUCCCCCAUCCUAGAGACUGAGGGGGUCAGGCCUGGGAGUUCUGACAGGGAUCCUCCACGUGGUCUGUGGCUUGCUCUAGGGUGGGGGUCUUUUCACGACCAUGUUUACAAGAUGUCAAGCACCUUGGUUCAAGGGCAUAAUGAAUACCUGGAUAUUUAAUGAGAGCCUGACUGGUGGCUGGAUUAGUCAGGGUCGCGGCCAGAAACGGCAUCCUCCAACUGGAUGAUGUGAGGAUAUUUGAAGACAGGGUAUAGGAAUCCUAUGGGGUUGUGCCUUAUAUCCCAGAAAUAGUAAGGCCCUGGUACCCUUACCCAGGGCUGGGGGCAGGGGGCAUCUCCAGCCUGCUUUGACCCACAGGAGGUGUACGCCCUUCAUCCUUCCCUCCUUCCCAUCUCCUCGGAGCCCCUGUGCACUGAGCCACAGCCAAGCAGUAGGCAGAGCAGUGGGCCCUAGACUUGGAGGGGCAGCAGGUGUCCCGAAAGGGGGCACCACCCUCCUGGGCCCAUAUGCACAUCAGGAUAGCUCUGCAGCUUCGGCCAGGUGCUGAGUGGUGCUCUGUCCUGGUUUGUCCUGCAUCUGCUGUGUAUUUUGAAGCUGUUUUUGCAGCAGGCAACCCUCAAUUUGUGUGGCCCCCCAGGAUGGUCUGAUGUGAGUAGUAAUUUACAUUUCUCUAGUUCCUUGAAGGCUUCUGCAGCGCUGUUCCUUAGGGGAGCAGGCUGGCUUGGGAAUCCGAGAGAAAGGAGCUAGAUCAGACCCAGGAGUUCUUUCUUGAGAGUCAUGCAGGAAGAACAGAGCUUGCCCCCCAAGAAGCAGCAACCCCAAGGACCAUCAAUCCACCUGCUCCUUCUCGGAAGAGCUCGGGCACCCCGGUGUCCUGCAGACAGCCGAUUAGCCCUGGAAGCAGCCAGUAAGCCACCCAGUGGGAGCAGCUUAUGUUCCCCUCCUUCUCAGGCUAGGACACACUCCCUUUCUCCGGCCAGAGAAUUAGAGAAGACACCCUGGAAAGGUUUUCUGAAACUUGGUAUCUAGAAUACAAAAAAAAUUUUUUUUAGCUAAAAAUAAAUUCUCCUGUCU